AUGCGGGCGACAUCUUCGGUGAUGAACGCCAACCUGCUGCUCUUCAAGACGGUCAUCGCUGGAGACAGCUGGGGCUUGAUAGCAGUGCCGGUGAUCGAGCAUUAUCCUGGCACAGCGAUCAUUUUUGUUGGAUCUCUGCUAACCAUCGUGUUCGGCGUGUUGAACCUCAUUGUCGCAGUGGUGGUCGACACCUUUGCCGAAGCACGUGAGCGUGAUGUCUUGAACUUGGCGGAAGAGAUGGAGCGGAACCACGAGAAUGACAAAAAGUUCCUGCAGAAGGUCUUCGAUCGCAUCGACGAGGACGGUAGCGGUGAGCUGACUCUGGAGGAGCUGGUUGAAGGGGCGCGCAAGGACCCUGAAUUCCAGAGCCGCCUGCGCGUCAUGGACAUCGACGAGGUGGACCUGCAGCAGCUCUUCGAGAUGAUCGACGCGGACGGCAGCGGGUCCAUCGAGGCCGCAGAGUUCAUCGCGCCGCUCAGCCGCUGGGUCCACGAGAGCAAGACGGCCCCACGCUUCAUCAAGCGACCCGGCAGGUGA